AUGCUCAUUAAUGAUGAUUCAUUAUUCUUAUAUAAUAAAACAAUAAAACCUCCUUCAAAUUAUAUCAAAUCAUUAGUUGGAAAUUUCAUCUCAAAUCAAACUCAACAACAAUUAAUACUUAUUUCAUCAACUUUUAUAUCAUUAUAUAUAUCAAAUUUAGAAACUGGGAAAUUAGAAUUACAAUUUAAUCAAAAUAUUUUUAGUUGUAUUAAUGAUGUUGGGAAAAUUAAAUGUAAAGAUAAAGAUGUAUUAGUUUUAACAAGUGAUUCAGGAAAUUUAACUGUGUUAGAACAUCAUAAAAAUUCAUUUAUACAGUUAUGUAAUUUACCAAUGAGUAAAAAUGGUUGGAAUAAUACUUACCCAGGGGAAAUAUUAUCAAUUGAUCAAUAUAAUCGUUGUAUUUUGAUAAGUGCAAUGUUAAAUAAAAAAUUAUUAUAUAAAUUUGAUGAUAAUGAAUUAUUAAGUUCACCUUUAGAACAUCAAAAUAAAAAUAUAGCUACUUUACAAAUUAUAAGUGUUUUUAAUAAUUUUGAAAAUCCCAUAUUUGCAGGUUUAGAAUUUGAUUUGGAGAAACAGCUUACAUUAUUAAAUUAUUAUGAAUUUGAUAGAAGUUUGAAUUAUUUAGUUAAAAGAAAAAGUUUAGGUAUACCUGAAGAUUCAAAUCACUUAAUUCCUGUACCUGAUCCAGUUGGUGGGGUUUUAGUUUGUGGAAAGAAUUGGAUAAGUUAUUAUGAUAAAAAUUAUAAAGAAAUUUUGGUGCCACUACCUCGAAGACCUAAUCAAAAUUCCAUCAUAGUCAAUCAUUUAAUUCAUAUUUUAAAAAAGAAAUCUUACCGAUUUUUCAUACUUUUACAAAAUGAAUUUGGUGAUUUAUUUAGAUUAAUUAUUGAAUUUGAUCAAGAUACAGAGAUAGUUAAAAAUAUAAUGAUUACGUAUUUUGAUACAAUACCAGUAAGUAUAUCAUUAAAUAUUUUUAAAAAUGGAUUUCUUUUUGCAAAUUGUUUACAUAAUGAUCAAAGAUUUUAUCAAUUUGAAAAUUUAGGUGAUAAUAUAAAAGAAGGUGAUUUAAUUAUAAAUAGUUCAUCAAUCAAAGAAGACUCAGAAUAUAUUUUAAAUUUAAAAACUUUAGAAAAUUUAGAAUUAAUUGAUACUUUAGAAUCACUAAGUCCUAUAACUGAUUCUUUAUUAAUUGAUGAUAAAUUAAUAACAUUAUCUACUAAAUCAAAAUUAAAAACUUUACAACAUGGUUUACCAACUUCAAUAUUAGUUGAAUCUCCAUUACCUAUGAAACCAACAAAAGUUAUAACAUCAAAAUUAACUCGUGAUUCACCAAAUGAUGAUUAUUUAAUUAUAACUUCAACAUUAGCUUCUAAAACUUUAGUAUUAUCAGUUGGUGAAGUUAUUGAAGAUGUUAAAGAUUCAAAAUUUAUAUUAGAUCAACCUACUAUAGCUGUGCAACAAGUUGGGGUAAUGUCAAUAGUUCAAAUUUAUCUUAAUGGUAUAAGACACAUCGGUAAAAAUAAAAAAUUUACUGAUUGGUAUCCACCAGCUGGUAUAACUAUUACAAAUGCAUCAACAAAUAAUCAACAAAUUUUAAUAAGUUUAUCAAAUUCUGAAUUAGUUUAUUUUGAAACUGAUUUAGAUGAUCAAUUAAUUGAAUAUCAAGAAAGAUUAGAAAUUUCAUCUCCAGUUUUAAGUAUGUGUAUUUCAAAAUUUGAAAAAUCUUCAUUUGCUAUAAUUGGAUGUUCAGAUGAAACAAUUCAAGUAAUUUCACUAAAGGAAAAUAAUUGUUUAACUGUUAAAUAUUUACAAGCUUUAUCAUCAAAUGCAAAUUCCUUAGUGAUGACUACAAUAAAAGAUAAAGCUUGGAUUCAUAUUGGAAUGGAAAAUGGAGUUUAUGUAAGAUCUAAAAUUAAUAAAUUUAAUGGGAAAUUAUCAGAAACAACUAUAAAAUAUCUAGGUACAAAACCAUUAGAAUUACAAGAAAUUAAAAUUAAUGAAUCAAUAAAUGGAGUUUUAGCAAUUACAUCAAAACCAUGGAUUUGUUAUCAAUAUCAAGAAAAAUUUAAAUUAACUCCACUUUUAAAUAUUGAUAUUAUAAAUGGUACAUCUUUUACUUCUGAAGAUAUUGGAGGAAAUGCAUUAGUUGGUAUAAAUAAUAAAAAUGAUUUAAUAAUUUUUGCAUUAGGUGGAGAAGAUAUGAUAUUUGAUCCAAAUCAAGAAUUAACAACAAAUGAAUUAAAAUUACGAUAUUUACCAAGACAAAUUUUAGAAUUUGAAAAUUUUUUGGUGGUUAGUCAAGUUGAACUGAAUAUUAAUUCACCAUAUAAGACAAAUUUAACAAAAGAUGUCAGGAAUGAAGUUGAUGAACAACAAAUUGAGAACUUUGGGUAUGAAAAAGGUGAAAAUUAUGCUUCUUGUAUUCAAAUGAUUGCAAAUGAUGAAAUUUUACAAACUCUUGAAUUCCCCGUGAAUACAAAAAUAAUAGGUAUAACAAAAGUAUUAUUUCAAAAAUUAUACCUUAUCGUUGCAGUUGAAAUUAAUAAUGAUUACCUACUAUACACAUUUAGAUUAGAUAAAAAAGAUAAAUUUCAAUACGUCCACAAGACUCAAUUAAAUUAUCAACCAACUACAGUAAAUUUAUUUGAAAAUAAAUUAAUUAUUGGAUCAAGUGAAAGUUUAUCAUUAUAUGAAUUAGGACAAAAGCAAUUAUUAAGAAAAUCCUUAACUAAAAUUCCAUUUAUUUCAAAAAUUAAUAAAAUUUCAGUAUCAAUAAAUCAAAGAAUUUUGGUUUCAGAUUUACAUAAUUCUUUGGUUUUAUUAAAAUUUGAUUCUGAUUUAAAUCAAUUCUUACCUAUUAUGGAUGAUAUAAUUAAAAGACAAAUUAUAUCAAUAAAACAAUUAGAUUAUGAUACAUUUAUAGGAAGUGAUAAAUUUGGUAAUAUAUUCGUAUCAAGAAUCUCGCGGGAAAUAUCAACUGAAAUUGAUAAAAAUUGGUCAAUUUUAAAAAACAAGAUUCAAACAACCACCAACUCAAAUUCAUGUAUUUAUAAAUUUCAAAAUUUAUGUGAAUUUUAUAUACCUGAUAUUAUAACUUCAUUUCAAAUUGGAAAAUUUAUGAACACUGAAGAAGAAAAAAUUAUAAUUUAUACUUCUAUUUCUGGAUUAAUUGGAUUUUUAAUUCCAUUAACUUUAAAAUCAAAAAUUGAAUCAUUGAAUAACAAACAAAUGGAGUUAAAAAAGAAAGAUAAUGUUGUUGGAAAAGAUCAUAUUAAAUUUAGAAGUUAUUAUAAUCCAAUUAAAAAUAUAAUUGAUGGUGAUUUAAUUGAAAGUUAA